GUCCCUCAGCCAUUCUCAAGGAGGGAACCAAAAUAGACAGCGCGGUGUUUGGGAUGGUCUCUUUUCACCGGUGAAAGGAAAACGUAACCUUUUGUUUUGUUGACAUUUCCAAGAAUCUACACGGGUUAGUUGGACUUCUUUUGCUCCCAAAAGUGUUUUAAAUUGCUAACAGGUCGAGUAUGGGUGAGACAAAGAGCUCUACCCAUCGACGGCUAUUCUGGGGCACCGCAUAGCUCACGAGAGUGCUGCGUGAGAACGACCCGCGCUCUGGACAAUAUCUGGUUCCACAUAUCCCAGGAACAAAUAUGGUGCGUCUUUUAAUUUAUCUCCCGACUCCCUGGACAUCCAGAGAACUUUCUGACAGUUGUAGGUGACACUGAUACAUUUAUUUGAACGAUUUUGGGAUGAAUAAGUGGCGCGCGCAUCUCUCGCAUGAGUGCAGGUGGACCCAGUGAAGAGGCGCUAUAGCAAACAAAAAGAAAACGCGAAAAACCCAGCGAUAUUUUCAGUUGAAUAUUUUGUAAGACACCUCUGUGGUUUUGAGGGGUUUAUUCUUAUCCCGUUCGUCCAUUUCCAACUGUAAAUAGGCAUGUGUGGAAUAAAGCUGAUAUUUUGAGGAGCAGCGUAUUAACGGGGGGAUUUUUCUCUGGACUACCAAGUUAAUCAAUUUACACAUCACUUUCACUUGAAACCCCGUUGCCGUGUGGAUAUUAAUCGUAGCCUACUAUCGAUUCCCGUCGAGAGAAAGAAUGCCUGAGGACCUCUCCGCGGCCAAAGCCUUCUACAUGGGCAUGGAGGUGGUGAUCGCCGUGUCAUCCGUGAUAGGAAACGUGAUGGUGGUUUGGGCGGUAAAAAUUAAUAGAUCGCUUAGAGAUACUACGUUUUGCUUCAUUGUUUCUCUGGCGCUCGCGGACAUUGCAGUAGGAGCGCUGGUCAUACCACUGGCGAUAACUAUAAGUAUCGGACUCCAGACUCACUUCUACAGCUGUCUGCUGGUGGCGUGCACGGUGCUGGUUCUGACCCAAAGUUCCAUCCUCGCCUUGCUCGCUAUAGCCAUCGACCGAUACCUGAGGGUCAAGAUCCCAACCAGUUAUAAGCGAGUGGUCACUCCCAGACGAGCUGGAAUUGCAGUAUUCAUGUGUUGGACGGUGGCCUUUAUAGUCGGCUUGACUCCCAUGCUUGGCUGGAAUAAUUUACACAACCUACAACAUAAUAACAAUGGCUCAAUCGGCCUUGACCUCAUCGUCACCUGCCAGUUUGAGAAUGUCAUCAGCAUGGAGUACAUGGUCUACUUCAACUUUUUCAGUUGGGUGCUCCCCCCUCUGCUUUUCAUGCUCAUCAUUUACUCUGAAAUCUUCUACAUGAUCCACAAGCAGCUAAAUACAAAGGUGUCCUGCCACUCUGAACCAAAUAAGUAUUACGACAAAGAACUGAAGCUGGCAAAGUCUCUGGCGCUAGUCCUUUUCUUGUUCGCUGUUAGCUGGCUUCCUCUCCACAUUAUGAACUGCAUCACACUCUUCUGUCCGAACUGUGAGAAACCCAUGUUUCUCAUUUAUAUUGCAAUUCUGCUGUCGCAUGGCAAUUCUGCUGUCAACCCUAUUGUUUAUGCUUUCCGCAUCAACAAAUUUCGUACUGCGUUCCAUAGGAUCUGGAAGCAGUACUUCUGCUGCAAGGAGGCUCCUCCCCCUGAGAGCCAGCAAAGCGAGAGACUGGAUAACAACCACUACAUCGCUGCCGCCAUCGCUUUGGAACAUAGCGUCUGACUGGCAUUCCAGGAUUCUCUAAGGAGGUCAAAUAGCUUCUGCUGGCUGGACGUCCAAAGCUGUCAUGUCCUGGUUUGUCUCUUUUGAAUGUAAAUCAGAGCUCACCACAGACUCUUGGAUUACUGAGACAGCAUUACUUUUAAAAGAACUGAAUGAGUCAAAAUCAUUUUGAAGACGGGGAAACUACAGGUAUAAGUAUCCACCCAGACUGACCCAAAGACAGAAUCCAAUUGCUGGGCGGAGGUAUAAUUUGUGUAGGUGUUGUAAUUGCGCUUCUGCAAAGUUCACUUAAUUUAUCAAGAUUUCAUUUAAAUUUAGUCUAUCUCCGUGUUCAAUCUGACUCAAAUUUAAAGUGGUCAUUAAAUUUAGGUGACAUUUCUUAUGAAAAACUGAUCACAAACAAUGAUUGUUCAUUUAUUAUUAUUUCGAUAUUUGAUUAUUCUGGAAAUCCCAUACUUUCAAUUAUUAAUUCAUUAAUGACCUGUAAUCGCUUAGUAAUUCACGGUGAACACACUUCACAAACUGGCCA